UUAAGAUGAAAUUUAGGGGACGUACAAACGAGUGGACUGACUUUUUAUUGUCGGUUUACAAAUACGUUUCUGGUUUGUUUUUAUAAUAGGAUGUGGUUUGUGUAAUACAGCAUGUGUGGCUCUUCCUGACUUUGUGGAGUGUUUGGCAGAACUAAGAGAAAUUUGCACCUAAAUUUCUGUACAGAAUUUUUAUUUGGAGCUGAGACUAUUUGGGACACACAGAGGGUUGAUCGGUGAAGUAUAUUGAAAAUUUUGCAGAUCGAAGACAGAAAAGGAUGUCUAAUAAUAUGAGGCAUUCACGAAGUCGUGAUAAUAACCCAUGUUUACAGGUAGACACCAUCCUAACAUACACAUAUGCCCAGGCUUGGGUGCUCUACAUACUACCACUCUUUAAAAUGGGCCAUUUUUUCAUGCAGGAAUCUGAAGCUUCAAGGAAGUGCAUGGAUGAAAACCUCUACAACAGAGAUGCCUGUUCCUAUUAUUUUUUAAAGUACAAAAAAUGUAGAAAGUUUUGGCAUGAAAUAAUGAUACAAAGAAGAGUAGAUGGAGUUAAUCCUAAUAUGCCUCCAGCAGAAGAACGGAAAAGAAUUCUAGAGUCAUUAGAAAGUAUGCCUUACUGAUAUGAUGCAUCUUAAUGCCAUACUGAGCAAUCCCAUUCUAGUAAUGUUUGUCAGGAUGGAAUAUAGACUGUUUAUGGCUGAAUGUCCAAAAACUGAUAGCCAAGAAGACUGCUGACUGAUAAUGUAUUGUUAAAGCAGAUGUGUGACUAUAAAUGAAAGUGCAUUAUGUAUUUACAUCUGUUCUGGUGUGCCUUGGAAUGAUUUCAUUUCGAAUCUGUAACUAAAUAUUUGCUUGCCUUCUAUUUUAAAUAAAAUGGCAGCAAUAACUGGUGAGUAAAACUUUGCAGUGGGAAGUACUUCACCAGCUACACUACCUACAUGAAGUUUUUUAAUUAGUAGUUAAUGUAGAAAAGUAUGUAUAAUUAGAUGACACUAUCUCCAACAUUCCCCAUUUAAUCCAUCAAGAUCCUAAAACUGUUCAGUAAUCUGCUGCUCUACUACCAUGCACCUCUUUGGUGCUUUAAUAAAGAUGUCACCUGUGGCAUCAUGUAUGACAGUUAAAUAAAUUGUAUGUUCAUAUCCUGAGUCCCUUCAUCUAGUUUCAUUGCAUUAUCUUUGAUUAUGGUAAUCUUUCUUUUGAGCAAAGUGUAUCUAAGACAAAUGGCAUAUGUACAGAUCUUUUUGUGAAAUGUAUUAUGGCUGGCUGUAAGAUAUAAGAACAAUCCCAUGCAUAGUCCAGUUGGUGGAAAAUAUCAACAGCAGGAUUAAUUGCGGAACACAAAUUCUGACCUGCCAUUUACAGAAGCAGAUGGUCUAUUUAUAUUCACAGAGCCUUCUCCUUUUCCUUUUUAGUGGACCAAUUGGACAGCUAGAAAAAUGUUACUUAUAAAACAAUACAGUGUUAAUUAAAAUACUGAAAUGUAGCUUUACUAUACUGUUCACUGGACGUUCUUGUUUUUGGUGUGCAUAAUCAAAGAAUCAUUAAAGCCAUAUCUAAUUCCUUUGUAUAGUCA